AUUAUGAGUCACUGUUUCUGCCAAAUAAUGUUAACCCCUCAUUGGAAAAUACCCACAUAGGAAAGUGAGCGAUUUUGCUAAGAUACACGAUGAGUUCGAGGAAAGAGAGGCUGGUUCUGAUGGAGCCUCAGGAGAGGCUGAAGCUCCUCACCAACAACAGUAACAAUGUCGAGGUUGACCCAAACAUUCCACCUGGGAGGUAUUAUCGAUCUGGCAUUGAGCUCAUUCGAAUGGCCAAUGUUUAUUACACAGAGGGCAGCUACGAGAGUGCUUAUGUGCUUUAUAUGAAGUAUAUGACAUUAUUCAUAGAAAAGAUUCGGAAGCAUCCUGCAUUCAAAGAUGUGCCUCUGACCACAAAGGAGAUCAAUAAGCAGCAACUUAGGGAGAUCAUUCCAAAGGCUGAGAAGUUGAAGAAGGAAUUGCUAGAUCAAUAUACCAAAGAAUAUUUGCUAUAUAAGAGUAUUAAAGAGAAAGAAGAUGAGGAAGAGAGGAGAGCCACAGAAGAGGAAGAGGAACGGUCUAGGAGUAGGAGUACCAGCAAAACGAAAAGCACUCAGGGUCAAUCGACUUGGAUCGGGACGUCUUUGGUCUUGCCACCUACCGAUAUAGAUAACAUUAAUUAUCCCGAUCCGAACAUCGCCGUCAACGAGUUCAGGCCUUCUAUACCGGACAAGAGUUCUAAGCCCACGUUUCCGACCUCUUCGACAGUCUUGCAACCGAUCGUUGAUAGAAGCAGUAAACCAUCGUCAAUUAGCAGCCAAACGGCGGUUUCCGGUCUUCGAAGUGUCGUGGUUCCAACCUGCGUCAUGCCUAGGUUUUUGCUGCUCGCCAAGAAUAACACUCUGGCUAAUAAAGAAACUUGCGGGAUUUUAGCUGGAACUCUGGAAAUGAAUCAAUUGAUAAUCACCCAUGUGAUAAUUCCUAAACAGAAGGGAACUUCAGACUCUUGUCUGAUGAUGAAUGAGGAAGAGACUUUCGAUUAUCAGGACCAACAUAAUUUGAUCACCAUAGGAUGGAUUCAUACUCAUCCCACCCAGACUGCAUUUUUGUCGAGCGUAGAUCUGCAUACGCAUUGUCCGUAUCAAUUGUUGAUGCCCGAAGCUAUUGCCAUCGUCUGUGCACCUAAAUAUAAUGAUACGGGUAUUUUCGUAUUGACACCCGAUUACGGAUUGGAUUACAUUCUGAACUGCAGACUUUCCGGAUUUCAUCCGCAUCCCACCGACCCGCCUCUCUUUAUGGCUGCCGAACACAUAAAGAUGAAUGGAUCAGCGCCUCUGGAGGUGCUGGAUCUUCGUGAUAAGAAAUAACACUGAAACGGAAAUAUUUAUGAACUUAUCAGAUAAAAUAUAUAUAUAUUUGAACAAAUAUUAUAUAUACAUACAAAAAGCGCUAUUUUUACUAUUUCUAUAUUGAAUCACUAUAUACAUAGCUUUUCUAAUUGUAAUUGCAUUUUUUUGGGUUCUCAUGUUGAAGUAUAAUAGCAAUACUCGUCGAAGCGUUCCGACUUUGAAUCACGUUUUCUUUUGCGCUUUUUAAAAAAAGGAGUAUUGCCGCACGAACACGUAUCGUGUUUCAGCUAGAAGUAAAGUGAAACUAUAAUUUAUUUAUUUCUUUUAUAUAUUAUUCCAUAUGUUGUUGAGCAUUCAAUGUUUAUUGUUUUCCAUUUGUUUACUUAUUGAAAAAACGAAAGUAAUAAAACCUUCUUAUGACGUUCGAA